AUGUCCCCACCCCACUACUACCAGCCUCUUCCUCAGGAGAAAGAGACUCAUCCCAAGGGCUUGCCUGCCCACAACCAGGCUCAGGACGAUGUUGAGGCUCUCGGGCACACAAGACCGGCGUUCUCUUGGAAACGUGCCCUCUACUACACCGUGUCCGCCGCCGUCCUCCUCCAGGUUGCCUACGUUGGCGUGCAGUGGUCCUUUGGGGGCCAUACUGGAGGCCGAAGCGGCCGCGGUCACCGCAGGCUGGGCACUCCAUGCCAUGGCGCUCACAAGGACAAGUCGGUGUACGGUUCGCUCCCCUCGCACUACACCCUGCCGUCUGGCGACCGGAUCCCGUCCGUCGCGCUUGGUGUAUGGCAGGCGGAGCCCAACGAGGUCGGCGAGGCAGUGAAGGUUGCACUCAAAUCUGGGUACAGGCAUAUCGACGACGCGUGGAUCUACAAGAACGAGCAUGAAGUAGGCCAGGCCCUGCGGGAGAGCGGUGUCCCUCGUGAGGAGAUUUGGUUGACAUCGAAGCUCUUCAACUCCUUCCACGCUCCCGAAGAUGUCGAGGAGGCCCUCGAUGACUCGCUCACGAAGCUCGGCGUCGACUACCUUGACCUCUACCUCAUCCACUGGCCCAUUGCUGUUAAGAAGGGUACCGCCGAUGUCGUCGACGAAGACCUCACGGCGAACCCAUACCCCACGUGGAAGAAGCUCGAGGAGAUGGUUGACAAGGGCAAGGUUCGCAACAUUGGUAUCAGCAACUUCAACAUCCCUCGCAUCCGCAACCUGACUGCAAACCCCCUCAAGUACAAGCCCGCCGUGAACCAGGUCGAGCUGAGCUACUGGAACCCUCAGCCCGAGCUCGUCAAGUGGGCAAAGGAGAACGACCUUCUGCUCGAGGCGUACUCUCCCCUCGGUGGCGGCACGCUCGUUAAGGAAACUCUCGAUCUCCCGGUCGUGAAGGAGAUCGCUCGCGCGCUUCACAUCACUCCUGCCCAGGUCAUCAUUUCGUGGCACGUUCAGCGCGGAACUGUCGUGCUCCCCAAGAGCGUCACCCCCUCGCGCGUCGUGGAGAACUAUCACGUCACGAAGCUUCCCGAGACACUGUUCCAGAAGCUCGAGGACGCCGCAACGUCUCACCCGCCGAAGCGUGUUCUCAACCCGUCCACGCGUUACAACCUAGGCUACGAUCUCUUCGACGACGAUGGUGGCGUCAUUGUGCCGGAUGACAUGGAGUAA